AGCGUAGCACAGCCCUCAGGCAAAUGUGCUGUCAGAUUUAUGGUGGAGGGAGGAUGAAUGACAGGCUGCUUAGUGAUUUGCAUGGCUCCGGUGUUUAAAAGGAGCUGCAGGUGCAGGAAUCUCCUCAUAGAUGAGUGGAUUUCUCUGAAGGACUCGCUCUACACAUCUGCAGGGAAGAAGCAGAAGCCUGUCAUCUGAGGUUUGGCCGGACAUUUUUUAUUUCUCCCCUGGAUUUACAUGCUGGACGAUCUUUUAUGUCAUCACCUAAGAAAAAGGGAUCAAUGACAGCACCAUGGAGACAUUUUUAUUAAUUGUCAACUGAAACAACCAGUUUUGCCACAAUGUCAACGCUGAUAUUUGGGUUGCUCCUUCUCCUGAGGGCCACUGAUGCAGUCACCGGCACAUGGAGACAGUGUAGAGAUGUCCUUCCUCUGGAUCUUCUGUCUUUUGUUCUUGAGAGAGACACCUCCAGACUUGUCCCUGGGGUGCGCAUUAAGGAGGCUGAUGGGGCGAGGGGUGUGCAUUUUGUGAGCCCCGACGUCUCCAUGAGCUUUCCUCUCUCCCAGCUGCUGGUGAACUGUGACCUUUUCCCAAAGGAAUUCUCUGUUGUUCUGACGCUGAAAGUCACUCGCACUGCAGCUAAGAAAAUUGAACAUGUUUUUUCGUUGCUGGCACCGAAAUACUUGAAUAAAAGCAAACUUGAGGAGAAGGAAGAAGUUUCCGACACAAAUGAAGGGUCAAGCUCAAUUGAAAAGAAGCAGCUAAUGGAGCUACAAGUCAAGAGGAAUCCAGAACCCGGUGAUGUCCUCCUGGGGCUGAAAAUAUCCCCAAAACGGCUGCACUUUCUCAUGAAAGGUCCCUCUGAUGCUGCAGAACAGUGGGUGUUUCGAGGUAUUGGACUGGCUGACAACCAGUGGCACACUCUUGUGUUAGCUGUUGGGCAGCAUCAUGUGAGGCUCACGGUGGACUGCAGCUCUCCCAUAGAAAUUGUUCCCUCCAGGCCCUUUUCCUCAGACCUCAACAUUCAGGGAUCCAGAUUCCACAUUGGCAGCCGUGGAAGAUGGAAGGGCUUGUUUUCUGGUUUGCUGCGGCAGCUGGUUCUGGUGCCAGGUUCUGAUGCCACCCAUCAGAUCUGCCCCUCUUCUGACCCUAGAUUAGCUGCUCUGUCUGUGCCACCACUGCUCUUAGACCUGCCAGUCAUGGGGAGGCAGAGGGAUAGACAUGCGGCUUCUGAUGCUGACAAGCGAGUGUCGUUGGGUUCGGAGAGGACCUGCACGGAGAUGCUGCAAGGCCAGCUGUGGUUCAAUCAAGAAAAGAAAGGCCUGUACCUCUGCGAUGGUUCAACAUGGAUUACUCUGUUGGAGGAUCACAAACGGCUGGAUUAUUUGUUAGAAAAUCAGGUCCUUGCCACAAGCUCAGAGACACAUGAUAUAGAGGUAUUCCAGCUACCUGGGAUGGGUCUGAUGGCCGCCAUGGCUCACCGGUCUCCAUCCUACGGCUCAGCUGUAUAUCUGUGGACCUCCUCAGGCUUCCGGCUCUAUCAGAAUAUCAGCACUCAUGGAGCUCUGGCUUGGAGACAUUUUAACCUGGGCAAGAAGACAUUCCUUGUGGUAUCCAACUCUGAGACCGGAUCAGAGAAACGAUCAAGCAAAGAUUCAGGGGCCGACUAUUCCGUAGUUUACAAGUGGAGCAAAAAAAGAAAGCGGUUUGUGUCAUUCCAGACUUUGCAGACCUACUGUGCAAGAGACUGGGAGGCAUUUUACAUCAAUCAUAACACAUAUCUUGCUGUGGCCAAUCACAGAUGGGGCGACAACAACCACACCAUAGAAAGUGUGAUUUACAAGUGGAACAAAUCGACAAAGUCUUUUGAAAUUUACCAGAUGAUCCCAACUUCAGGGGCCUACGACUGGGAGUUCUUCAGUGUUGGUCCGUACCACUUCCUUGUGGUGGCAAACGCUUUUGAUGGAGUAACCACUUCUGUAGACUCUGUCAUCUACAUUUGGAUUGAUGGGAGGUUCCAGGUGUUCCAGAAAAUUAAGACAUUCUGUGCCACAGACUGGGAAAUGUUUCAGAUUGGUAGCAGAGUUUUCUUGGUUGUGGCCAACGGGUACAGACUCUCUGGUAGUGGACCAAGUCAGUACACCAUUAACUCAACCAUCUAUGAGUUGGACAUUGGUGGACAACUGUUUGUCCGCUUCCAGGACAUUGUCACCUAUAGUGCUGUAGAUUGGGAAUUCUUCAGCCUCGGGGAGGAACAUUUUUUGGUUGUUGCAAAUUCUUUCAAUGGAGAAUCCUACUCUCUCAACAGCAUUCUCUAUAGGUGGCAGGGAUAUGAAGGAUUUGUUCCAGUUCAUUGGCUUCCCACGAUUGGAUGCAGUGACUGGGAAUUCUUUACCUAUCAAGGAGAGUCGUAUCUAAUCUACUCAAGUGCAAAAACCCCACUUUCUAAAGUUUUCAAGCUAAAAACCUACUGAAAUAAAAAUGCUUCUUUCUUCAUGCUAAACAUUUCACCAUUUAACAAAACCAUAGCAUUAAGAUAUUUUGUUUCUAGUACAUUAAAGUCUUUCCUCUUGUGUUUACCCUCUAUUACAAUCUAUGUGUGAAAUUUACUGUGCAAUAUUUCUUACGUUUGCUUUAUCUAGUAGGUUUUUCUCUACUAAUGUUUCUGUUUAUCUUCCUGUAAUUACAUUAAUGUAAAUUAAAACUAUCUUUAAAUUAUAAAUAUUCUAUUAAACUUCAAGAUUUAUUUGAGUA